AUGACUGUAUCAUUCAACGGCAAAUGGGUCGAAGACAAGGAGACCUCAACACCAUACCAAGACGUCCUUGAAGCUCAAGGUGUUUCAUGGGCGUUACGUCAAGUUAGUAGCAAUGAUGAUUUCGUUGUGCUGAUCAUCAAACUCUUGACAGUUCAAUACACGAUAACCGACACCGGUACCACCCUAGAGUCAAUUGACACUCAGGGUACGAAAGAGCUCGCAACCCUCGACAAUGAAUGGGUGGAGCGAAAGCACCCCAUCUUUGGACCCUACAAGGACAGGAUGGCAAGGUUGAGCGAUAGUGUAGUUUCAAUUGAGACUUCUUCUGAUCGUGGUUGGGCUGUUAAGGGAGAAUGGAGGGUUGAGGAGAAUGGAACUGUGUUGAUUAGAGAGUAUGAGUUCACGUCUCCUACUUUGAACAAGUUGGUGCGAUUGGUCUACAAGAAGCAGGAGUGA